AGGAAAGCGAGCCGCGGGCGCACACGGCCACCCGCCCGCCCGCCCGCCCUUUCCGGCUCCUCCCUGGAGAGCGCGUUGGGCGUGUGAGCCGUGGCGCUGGCGGCCUGGGAAGGAGGACUAUGAAGCUUCCGAACAUCCUGCUCACCGGUACACCCGGGGUUGGAAAAACCACACUAGGCAAAGAACUUGCGUCAAGAUCAGGACUGAAGUACGUUAAUGUGGGUGAUUUAGCUCAAGAAGGGCAGUUGUAUGACGGCUACGAUGAAGAGUACGGUUGUCCCAUUUUAGAUGAAGAUCGAGUCGUUGAUGAGUUAGAGAGUCAGAUGAGCGAAGGCGGCGUUAUCGUUGAUUACCAUGGUUGUGAUUUCUUUCCUGAACGCUGGUUUCAUAUAGUUUUUGUGUUGAGUACAGAUAAUAGUAUACUGUACAAAAGACUUGAAACACGGGGUUAUAAUGCCAAGAAACUACAAGACAACAUUCAGUGUGAGAUUUUCCAAAUUCUUUAUGAAGAAGCCAGAGCAUCUUACAGAGAAGAAAUUGUGCACCAGCUGCCCAGUAAUGAACCAGAGCAGCUAGAGGAUAACAUCAACCAGAUCUCAAAGUGGAUUGAGCAGUGGGUCAAAGAUCAUAACUCUUGACCUAGAGGAGGUUAGCCAGGCGUGGUGGUACACACCGUUGAUCCCAGAUCCUGGGAGGCAGAAGCUGUUCCACUUAGUGAGUUCUAGGCCAAGCAGGGCUAUGUAGUUAAGACUCUGUCUCAAAGGGAGUGUGGGGGAACCAGCCUGGCCACUGUAUAGCUACCCUUGUUGAUAUCACUCAGUCACGUAACAGAAUGCCCAAAGAUCAGCAGAGAAAACUAUGUUGCAGCUCUAGCUGCUGCCUGGAUUUCUUUUUCUCCAUGAGAAAGCUUAAAGAAUCUCAGAUACUAAUAUAAGUUAUUUUAUUAAGGAUUAAACCUAAAAAAUCAAACUCAGUGGAUAAUAAAUCUGGUCAAUGGGUACAUAUCUUUUAAAUUUACUAAAAUGUAGGUGAUCUCUCAAAAUAAAAAUGGAAAACUAAAGAUUCA